UUGGAAACAUGGCAGCGUGCUUAAGGAGAACGGGUGAAGUCCUUGGUUCUCUACGAGUCCUGCGGAAUAUUCAACAGCAGAAUGAACGUUUUGUGUCAACCUCGUUUCCUCGUCACGCCGCUUCCAGAGGCGACGGUCAGCCACCCAAAUUCACUCCGCCCCCCAAACCUGUCAUCGUCGACAAAACACAAUCCGAAGAAUCGCUAAGACGAUUCCUGAGUCCGGAGUUUAUUCCGCCUCGGCAGCGCUCUAAUCCGGUGAAAUUUUCCAUGGAACGGAAAGACAUGAUCAAGAGACGGAAGGCCUUCAACAUUCCGGAGUUUUAUGUCGGUAGUGUUUUAGCUGUGACCAUGUCAGAUCCCUAUGCCAGUGGGAAUUCCAGUCGUUUUGUUGGGAUCUGUAUACAGCGCUCCGGGAGUGGACUGGGAGCCACAUUUAUUCUCAGGAACGUCAUUGACCACCAAGGUGUAGAGAUGUGUUAUGAGCUCUAUAAUCCACGGCUGCAGAAGAUUGAGGUCCUUAAACUCGAGAAACGUCUGGAUGAUAAUCUGAUGUAUCUGAGGGACGCACUGCCAGAAUACAGCACCUUCAAUUUUGACAUGAAACCCAUUCCCCACUCUCUCAGUGGAGACGUCCCAGUUAACCAACUGAAAGUACGGAUGAAGCCUAAGCCGUGGUCAAAGCGUUGGGAACGUCCCAAAUUCAAUAUCCAGGGGAUCCGUUUCGACCUGUGUCUGACAGAGGAGCAGAUGGCCCACGCCCAGAAGUGGGCGGAACCCUGGCAUCAGUACGACAUGCUGAAGGAGUACGACACCUCCUCUUUGGAGGAGCAAAUACUGCAGGAGGUGCAGAAGGGUUUGGCCAAGUGAGAAGCAUGGAGAGAAAAAGAGAGAGAGAGAGAGUGAGCGUGCUUAUUACAGUGGACAAUGGUGUGUGUGUGUGUGUGUGUGUGUGUGUGAUGUGUCUGCAUAUGUGGUCCCAGACAAAGAGGCCGACCCUUGUGUCAGCCUGCUUCAGUUUGACUCACAUCAUGCUUCACAUGUCUGUUUGUUUGUUUUGUAUUUUUUCAUUGGCUGCUUCUAUUUGUCGCGUCAGUCAAUGAAAGCAUGUAACUCUCAUUUGAAAAAUUUAAAUUAAAACCCAAGUCUGAGGCUGUGA